AGAGCAGAGGGGUGUUGCGAGAAUCGAACUCACGACCUCUCGCACCCGAAGCGAGAAUCAUACCACUAGACCAAACACCCGUCGGCUUAUCCUCUUCUGAGCUUUCUUAUUUGAAACCGAACGAAAACUCUCUUCCCGUUUCCUUCCUGAAAAUUGAUUCGUCUCCUUUGUUGAACAAUCGGACCUAGGGUUUUUACAAUUUGAUAUUCAUUCUCCGGGACCGGGGCUUGCAAUUCCCUGUCGAUUCCACAAGUUUUUCUCAACUAGCGGUACCAGCAACUGGUCCAAUUUCCGAAGCAAUGGAUCAGUCCAGCAAUCAUGUUGUUGGAGUUGAUAAUACUUCUCGAAAAAAGUUCGACAGAGAAGAGAUUUUGCAGCGUGCUCGUGAACGCGAUGAACAGGAGGCGGAUGGUCGGAAAUCGAAGUCAAAAGGACCUCCAGUGCAGAGGAAGCCCUUGAAACCAAGAGAUUAUCAAGUGGACCUCGAGUCUCGGUUGGGAAAGACUCAGGUGGUUACUCCAAUUGCACCAUUAAGUCAGCAGGCUGGAUACUAUUGCCCAGUAUGUGAAUGUGUAGUGAAGGAUUCUGCAAACUACUUAGACCAUAUCAACGGGAAGAAGCAUCAACGAGCUUUGGGUAUGUCUAUGCGGGUGGAGAGAUCCUCUCUAGAGCAGGUCCAACAACGAUUUGAAUCACUCAAGAAGCGCAAAGAUCCAGGAAGCUUUACUGUGCAAGAUUUUGAUGAGCGAAUGUUGAAACAGCAGCAGGAAGAGGAAGAAAGGAAACGUUUACGUCGAGAAAAGAAGAAAGAGAAGAAGAAAGAGAAGGUCUCAGAAGAGGAACCUGAAAUAGACCCUGAUGUUGCAGCUAUGAUGGGAUUUGGAGGUUUCAAAACUUCAAAAAAGUGAUUGCCUUUGGCCAUGAAUCUAUUGGGAAGAUGGUUUAGUCUGGAGUAAUCUGCCAGAGGCUGGUAGUUUACUUUGAAAAGGUCUAAAAUAUGAGAUAGAAAUUCCAUUUCGGUACCAUAGUAGCCAGGCAGUUGAGUUUCGUCAAUCUCAUGUUUGAUAAGCUAGUCUCCAGAAUUUUCUCACUGAACUGAUUGCAACCACGGUUUGGAGUAUAUCCUCUCCAAUUGUUCAUUGCUGAUUGAAGUGUCCAAAUCUUUCUGCAUCAUUGCUAGUUUGGAGAAUACGGUUACGGUAUGAAAAUUUCUACAAACUAGUGAUUUGAUGGGUAGUUGACGUUUUCUUCUUC